AGUUGACUGACUGACUCGCCAAAGACAUGCGAGACCGAGUCGAUAGAUACGUGAUUACGUUCGUUGUACCGGCUUAGAAGUGCAGUACAGGAAAUCGACAGCAUAGCCCUAUCUGGCAGAAAGUGAUAAGUCCAUGUUACAUGAUCGAUCGGUUACAUUAAGUCGCGCCAAUUGCUGCUCUUUCCUCGGUGAGCUCUUAAUACAGACACAUCCGUCUUCCCUUCCUCCAACUCUACUCCUUUUUCCAUUCACCUGCGAUUCUAUUAUUGAGCCAACUGUUCUUGCGACGACAUGCAUGGCUAACAAGUGUCCAAAAAUCGUCAUACUUUUUCAACAAACAUGCAUCUACUUACCAGGCGAAUAUUAAUCGUUCGGCAUUCAUCGUUCCUAUUGUCCACUCCAACAGAUAGGAUUUUUAAUUUUUUUUGCAGCUAGGAUAUGUGAUGUUACAGUGACUCUUAAAGAGACGAGUCGCUUGAUAGAAGAACGCCGCGAACCAUGCUCGAUGUAACAUGGGGUUUCUCGCCGGGGCUCACCAGCCCCUACCAAGGUGGUUGUAUGAAGAGUGAUUUCUUCCGGGCAGAAGUGAGUGGUGUCCCUGGUUCGAGCAGCAGGCGUCACAUCACAACAACUAAGAUUGCACAGGAUUUGGACACGCCCCAAGUCAUCGCACAACUACAGAGGAGAAGUUUUCCUACAUCAUGCUCAUUUGUUUCUAGUCCUGGGGCCAAGAAAACGAACGCGUUCGUCGGACGAGAUUCGAUACCACUUUAUUCUAAAGCAGGAAAGCAAAAAGCGGGCAUUGGCAAGAUUUCUCGUCUACCCUCCACGGGCAGAAGCAGCACGGUCGCCGUAACCAGUUUUCUGGUUGACCCGGGUGAAGCGCCGGGCGAGGACAUUUUGCCCUAUAAGAUUCGUUACCCCAUGACAUUCCUGCGAGAUUUCUUGUCGCCGCCAGACCGUCCUGGAACUCAUGCAUCUGAUUUGGAGGAGAGACACCCUCUUCCUCGUUCAGCGCCGCUUACCCCUGGUCUGGAAGCAUUGCCUGACUACUAUUCCCUGGUGCAAUCAUUCCGAACCGACAGCGAAGGGCUCUAG